GGAGGAGGCGGGAAGGACAAUGGCAGCGGUUGCGACGGAGUACGGGGUGAAGGGAUCGCCGGAGACGGAGCACCCCCGGAAGGCCAUCGGGUGGGCCGCGCGGGACGACUCCGGCGUUCUCUCCCCCUUGCCCUUCUCCCGGAGGAAUAAUGGAGAUUGUGAUGUCACCAUUAAGAUACUGUUCUGUGGGAUCUGCCACUCCGACCUUCACAGCAUUAAGAAUGAAUGGAAAAAUACCAUCUUCCCAAUUAUUCCAGGGCAUGAGAUUGCGGGCAUCAUUACUGAGGUAGGGCGCAAGGUGCGGAAGUUCAAGGUCGGAGACAAGGUGGGGGUAGGGUGCAUGGUUAAUUCUUGCCACUCCUGUGACAGCUGCAAACAGGGAUUUGAGAACUACUGUCCUAGAAUGAUACUUACUUACAAUUCCAUCGACACUGAUGGAACGAAGACAUUUGGAGGUUUUUCUGAUAUGAUCGUCGUUAAUGAGCACUUCGUCAUUCGGUUCCCUGAAAAUUUGCCCCUAGACAAGGGUGCACCGCUGCUAUGCGCAGGGAUCACGGUGUACAGCCCGAUGAAAUAUUUCGGACUCAACGAAGCAGGAAAGCAUCUUGGGGUGGUUGGUCUUGGUGGCCUUGGCCAUGUGGCUGUGAAGUUUGGUAAGGCCCUUGGGAUGAAGGUCACAGUGAUCAGCUCAUCCCAGCGCAAAGAGAAGGAAGCAAUUGAAAGGUUGGGUGCUGACUUUUUCUUGGUCAGCAGUAACACUGAGCAAAUGAAGGCUGCUAUGGGCACCAUGGAUGGCAUUAUCAACACUGUGUCUGCAGACCAUUCCCUCAUGCCAUUGCUCUUACUGCUGAAGGCCCAUGGGAAGAUGAUCAUGGUCGGUUUGCCGGAGAAGCCAUUGGAGCUACCAAUUUUUCCUUUGGUUGGGGGUGGGAAGUUCGUGGCAGGCAGUUGCAUUGGAGGAAUAAAGGAUACGCAGGAGAUGAUAGACUUUGCUGGAAAGAACAAUAUAACAGCAGAGAUUGAGCUCAUUGAUAUGGAUUAUGUGAAUAAGGCAAUGGAGCGGCUUGCCAAGGCAGAUAUCAAAUAUCGAUUCGUCAUCAAUGUAGCCAACAGCUUAACUGCUGCUUAGUUUUGAGUCCCAUGGACUCCUACACCAACAUUUGCAACUAUGGUUGUCGUUUUAUGUUGAUUUCCAAUAAUUGGUCCUUAGAUUGUCCAAUCCCCGAGUUGUACUCUUUAGGGCAUAAUUCCAAGUAUUUUCUUCUCAGACUUUGAAGAAGCGCUAUCAGGUGCUCAUCAGUACAAAAUAUAAUAUGAGGCUGAUGCUCGCCAAAGCAUGGAAAAUUAAAUAAUCUUUAAGCA